UAAAAAGAGAUAGUCAGAGGGUGAAGAUCCUAAGCCAACAAAUCUAAUGAAAAGUCCAAAUUUUACAAAGGAAAUGAAAUCCAUCUUUGCUUUGUUCAUACUGUUUUCACUUCUGGUUGCUGAUGUCUCUUAUGCAAGAAAAGACUUGGAUGAUUUUUGGAAGAAUAUGAUGAAUGAUCAACCUAUGCCUGAAGCAAUCAAAGAACUUGUUCAAAAUACAAAGGUAAUAGAUUCAAGGAAAGAUAACUUUAUUAGGGACUUUGAUGUAAAGCCUAAUCUCAUAUUAUAUCACACACAUGUUGAGUCUAAGAAGCAGAAGAGGAAACAACAUAUCUUUGUCAAAAAAUCUGAACAAGAAGAGUUUCAUGGAACACAAAAACAUGGUUGAACCAAAUCAUUAUAUUGCUUAUGAUUAUAGAUGAUGUGUAGUGAGAAAUAGGAUAGGUAUUUUAAAGUUUAUUUUGUAGGGAGCUAUUGAUGUUAAUUUCUAAAGUUGUAUUUUUUAUGAUGGUUUUGACCUUUUAAUAUCUAUAGAUGUAUGUAUUUUCAUGGUUAUUCUGUUUUUUGCUGCAUCUUCUA